UAGGGGAAUGAGCUGUGUGGGGCUUGCGCGUUCGCGUGCUUGUUCGGAAAGUUGCGGCGCAUGGGUUUGGGGUGGGAGUCAGGAGGGUAAGGAAAAGUAGCCGUGAGCGAACAGUGUGCGGGGUCGGCUGUGGUAGGCGCGUCGGGAAGUUGUUGGUUAAGACUAUACUUUCAGGGAUCAUUUCUAUAGUGUGUUACUAGAGAAUUGUGGCUGAAGGUGUAGCACGGAGGCAACCACGAGGAGGAGCUGUGGUGUUCUCUUCUGAGCGUGAAGCUGGUUUGUGGCACUGCUUUUUGGCAGUUGUAACAUACCAUUGAUGAUCGUUCUUCCUUUUCUUCGGGAGGGGUGAGAGGAAGAGAACACAGGCUGAGUGGUCCUUUCAGUUUUAUUUUGUUUGCAAAGGUAAUUUCUUUAGUAUGUUACUGAUGUUGAAUUUUGAGGUUUUGUGUUUUUUUGAAGGUGGUAGGUUUAAGUUGGGUGAUAUGCUGUAGGUUUUAAGUCGAAGACAACCUACGUUUGUUACGUAGGUCAGACUCUUAAGGUGUCUAAAUAUGAGUGAGCUGUUGGCUAGGUAUCAAGAAUCUGAGCACGUUAAUGGAGGAAUUUAUGUUGACACUGUAAAUUCCCUGGGCCAGACAGCACUUUUCACUGCAGCAUUAUUAGGUCUUCCCAAAUUAGUUGAUGUCCUGGUAGAUUAUGGAUCAGACCCAAAUCAUCGCUGCUUUGAUGGAAGUACACCUGUUCAUGCAGCAGCAUUUUCAGGCAAUCAGUGGAUCCUGAGCAAACUGUUGGAUGCAGGUGGGGACCUGAGACUCCAUGAUGAAGAUGGCAAAAAACCUCAGAGCUGGGCAUUGUCUUCAGGGAAGGAGAAAAGCACCUCGAUGUUGGAGUUCAUGCACCGCUGUGCCUCUCAUAUGCAGGCGAUAAUUCAAGGAUUUUCUUAUGAUCUAUUGAAGAGAAUUGACUCUCCACAGAGACUCAUCUGUAGCCCAUCUAAAUUUGGCAACCUAAUACAUGGAACCCCUGACAGCUCCCCUAAUCGCCUACUCAAACCUGGAAUUGUUUCUUCCAAAAACAUCUACAGCUUUGGUUUUGGGAAGUUUUAUCUCACAGGAGGAACACAGCUGGCUUAUUUGGGAUCUCUCCCAGUUGUCGGAGAAAAGGAAGUGAUUCAAGCAGAUGAUGAACCAACCUUCUCUUUCUGUAGUGGUCCCUACAUGGUCAUGACAAAUCUGGUGUGGAAUGGCAGUAGAGUCACCGUGAAGGAACUUAAUUUUGCAACUCACCAAAACUGCAGUAAGCUUCGGUUUGCUGACUUGCUGAUUGCAGAACAGGAGCAUAGUAGUAAAUUACGCCAUCCCCAUUUGCUGCAGCUGAUGGCAGUGUGUUUGUCUCAGGAUCUAGAGAAAACUCGUCUGGUGUAUGAGCGGAUUAACAUUGGCUCCUUGUACAGCAUCCUACAUGAAAGGCGUUCCCAGUUUCCUGUGCUGCACAUGGAGAUGAUUGUGCAUUUACUCCUCCAAAUUAAUGAUGCACUAAGAUAUUUGCACUCCAGAGGAUUUGUGCACCGCUCCCUUAGUUCCUAUGCCAUCCAUAUCGUGUCAGCAGGUGAAGCAAGACUGACCAACUUGGAAUACAUGAUAGAAAGUCAUGAUGGAAAUGUCCACAAGGACCUGACUCGUGUUCCCAUCCCAGCUUUAUUAUACAAUUGGUCUGCUCCAGAGGUAAUCUUGCAGAAGGCUGCUACCAUCAAAUCAGACAUCUACAGCUUUUGUAUCAUCAUACAAGAAAUAUUAACAGAUACCCUACCCUGGAAUGGUCUAGAAGGCUCAGAUAUUAAGGAAGCUAUAAUUUUGGGGAAUCAUUUAGAAACAGAUGCCAGACUUCCAAAAACUUACUAUGAUAUUGUUAAGACAGGCAUACAGGUCAAACAAAAAGACCGGAUUAUGAAUCUUCAAGAUAUUCAAUAUAUUCUAAAGAAUGACUUAAAGGAUUUAAUUGAGGCCCAGACAACCCAUCCAGUUGAAAACACAAAUGUUCAGAAAUAUAAAAAGCAUCAUGACAUAAAUAUUUACUUUGGCAUGACAUCAGAAAAUAAGAGAGAGGCCCUUGGUUUGGAGGUCCGGGAGCUGAAGGAAACAGGCUGUCAGCCUGAUUCACCACAAUGUCACUCAGCUUUACCUGAAAAAGCAGCACUGGAAUGUGAGGUUUUGAAUCACAGUAUGACAGCUAAGCAAACUGAAAUUCAAGAUACUACAUUUGAAUUGGCCAGGGCUUGUAGCCCAAGUUGUGGAGAUGAGAGCCUCCGUAGUUUUGAAAUAAAUGAAAUUUACUCUUGUUACUUGGAUACGUGUGACAAUAAUUUGGGAGAAAUUACUACAUCAGAUACAUUUUUAGGAAAUGGAAAAAACCAAGGGGAAGAAGCUAAGUCUAUAACUGGAGGAUCACCUGAAAUAAACAAAGCUUCCCACUCAGAUUAUAACGGGGACGAUGCUAUUUCUGAAACAGGCACAGAGUCAUCCUCUGAGCACUGGGAUCCUCUCAAUGACACUUUCAAUUCACAUGUGCAAGAGGUGACCAGGGAAGCCAAGCCAGACAUAAGCAGCAAGUCCAGAACAGAGCAGUAUAUCAGUAAAUGUGUUCUUAACUUGAAGAUCUCUCAGACUUUAAUGCAGCAGGUGACUGAAUCCCUGCAAAAUGCAGAACAAAAGAUAGGCAAACUAGAGGCGAUGAGAAGGCAACAGGAGCAGCAGAUGUCCUCCCCGUGGGCUGCCCUAAAAUUUUGUGCAAGGGGUCGUGACCCAUCAGCUGUGUGGGCCGCCUUCGGGCCCCCAACGAAGUGCUACAUACAGGCACCCGGACAGCAUCCUGGAUGUGUUGACUAUUUCCAGAACUUGGUGAAGACAGCUCGAGCAAGGAGAGAAUUCCAGGGCAUGGGUCUUGGCAGCAUUGGCCAAAGACACAAGAGAAAAAAUAGUCACAGCUGGAAGCCUUUUCAGUCUGUACCUGAAGAAAGCAGUGGAGACCAGACUGAAAAGAACCACCAGCCAUCAUCAUUUUGUGGAGCCAGUAAACAGUGCACAAAUGUUAAGUUACAGUACCCACAAGGAGAUGACAAGAGUUUGGAAAUUACUGCCAGAAGCCAAAAUACAGUCAGGUUGAAUAUGGAAUCAAUGUCAUCUGAAUUCCAUAACUCAGAGACAAGAAAUGAUGACAGAGAAGCAAGAUUAAAAUGGACAACUGAAGUGAAAGAAAUGGCCGAAAAAGCAGCUAGUGGACAGCUUGGAAGUCUUCUUUGGUAUCCUCAGAGCAAUCUCACUUCAAACGGUGAGAUAGAAAAUGAAUCUGAAUCAAUGAAGCAGCCUCUUCUUAGGGAACCAGUGAAUACUGACUGCCACCAGACUGAUCUUCCCAGAGAUCACGAUGAUCCAGGAAGAAAGGAUGAAUGUGAGAAAAUCAUCCACAAUGACUCUGACGGUGAGGACAGUGAGGAAGAGAUGAAGUUCCACAAUGUAAUAGGCACAAGACAUCACUUACCAAGAAAGAAAAAGCAUCCAGAACAUGGAGGAGCCUUUCACAAGCAUUCUGACUCUCUUGAGGGAAUUGAGAAGCUCUGUAGUGAGCAUUCUAUGGAGUCACCUCAUUCAGUAGAUUCUUCUGAGGAUGUAACAGAUGAAUUUUUAACCCCUGAUCCUGAUUACUUUUACACCCCAACUGUUCAAGGACAUUUAGAAGUUAAGACUUUAAGUCAUGAAGAAGAUGACUUGGAAAUCACACAAGAAGUCUGUGGUGUCCAAAAACAAGACUCUGGUGGAAAAAGGUUUCAAGUGAUUGAAAAAAUCCUUGGAAAUAAGUCUGAGUGUGUAACAGAACUUCAGUUUACACCCAUAAGUCUUGGAGAAGAAGAAGAAACAUUAAAAGAAUUCUCAAAAGAAUUGAAAGAGAAGAAUAUAUCAGUGAUAGAUAUUCAGGAAUUGUCCAGUAUUUCAUGGGAACAAGGAAGCUCUUGUAAAGAAAUUCCCUGCAAAACACCUAGAACAAGCCAUGGACCAACCAGUGUCAGCACUCCACUCAACCCAGAGAUAUCAGAUUCUCCUUUGCCAGAGUGUAUUGAUGAACUACCUCCACCUUCCCAGGAACUCCUUGAUGAAAUAGAGCACUUGAAGCAACAAAGUGCUUCUUCCUCAGUGUUUGAUGAGAGUGGGUCGAGUUACUGUGAUCUGACAUUAAAUGCUCUAGAUCAAAGGCAUUUAGAAGAAAAGUUAAUUCAGAAUAAAGGAGAAGAUGGCAGUGUUCUUUGGACCAAAGAAACCCUGUACCUAACAGAAGAGAUGGACAGGGCUCACUCUACUCUGGAUGAAGAGUUGGAAAGAUGGCUGUCUGAGCCAUCUGAGAAGAGCAAGAAGCUUCAAGAAGGUCUUACAGAGAGCUCUGCAAGGGAGACAAGUAUAACAGCUCAAGAAGUUGGUGAAAAGAAGAAAAAGAGGGAAGAAGGGGCCAUGGCAGAGAGAAGGAAAUCAGAUAGGUUUCCUGGGAGCCCUGAAGAUCAGGAAGAACUGAAACCUGGUUUGUGGCAUUGCCUGGGUUGGACCCAGCCAUCCAGGAUAAUCGUUCUGGAUCAGAGCAACACCUCAGACUAAUAUGAAUUAAAUAGUAGAUAAGUUUCCAGUGUGUUUUUGUGUUCUCCCUGUUGCACACUCCCUGCCUCUGGUUGGCCGUGAUCCUUACAACUCUCAUCAAAUCCUCUUGCAGUUGGUGGUGCUUGGACUUAUCUCUUCACCAUAAUAACAGACAUGAGGGAUGUGCCUGGAUCUAUUUGCUGGUGCAUAGAGCCUUGUUCUUUAGUUUUAGUUUGCUGGUGAGAAAGAGUUUGGAGAGUAAAAAUUUUCUUCUGGGUCUGUAAAUUCAAUGCUGUGCCUGACAGUGGCUCCUGGUUUUAUUAUGGUGGGAUGAAUCAAACAUUUACUGUUGGUUGAUGUGUAAUAAAUGUUUCUUGUUAGACCAA